AUGGGAGACGAUAUAAAUGAUUAUACAUCACAAUGCAACUCUGAAUCCUUCCUUGAAAGUAUCAAUAUUGAUACUGGCUCCGAGGAACAGCCAAAGUUUGUGGUGAAUCUUGAUACUCUCGCCGAUGUUCCUGCUCCUCAAGCAACUGCAGACCAAAAUACUGGAUCUCCUAAAUCACCGUCUUCAUCUAUGGCACCUAUGGCUCCACAAUACACACCAUUUAUGCAAAUUGGCAAGCCAAAACUACGACCUAGGGGCUCCUAUAAACCACUUAAUGAAAUAGUUGAGACGCGUAUUCGGACUUAUGAGGGAUCUGAUUCACACUCUAAAAUAUCAAUGCUUCAAACGCAUUUCCCUCAAUUCAAACGUUGUCAUAUUGAUCGUUGCUUUACCAAAAAUCUCCUGGAUUACAACAAAACUUACGCGGAACUGUUUGAACUCCAAAAAAAGCAACAGGAGGAACGGGCAAAAUUUAAGCUCAUUUUAACUCCUAAAACGGAAAAGCCUAAGCCCUCUCGUAUUAUCCCAAACAUAAAGUCACCAGAAUUGAUCAAUAUGCCUUCAGUUCGUGGUCGCCCUGCGCGAAAGUUGGAGAAUAAGUAUUACCGUCGUGUUAUUGUCGGUAAAGAUGGCUCGGUCGAACCUGCGGAGAUUACAGAACGCAAUUAUGUGAAGAAUGCCGAUCCAUACAAUCGUCUACUGUCGAGGCAAAAAUUGGCAACCCCUAAAAGUAUCUCCUUCCCUGGUCUAUCGGCUACUGAGGCAGCGGAGGAGAAUAAAUCAACUCCAUCGAAGUCAUCCGAAACAGAAAAGCCUACAACUGAACCCCAGGCCGAACCUUCAACAUCACAACAAGAUUCGGAGAAAGGCGCCAGCGGUAAGGUUCUCACUGGUAACAAAUUUUUCCGUUCCAACCGCCUCUCCGACGCUGAGUUAAAGAAACGAGAUUAUGUUGCCAGGGAACUACAGGCAACCGGUCGCACUACUCGUUCCUCAUUCGUUAAAACUGAGCCAACUGGUGGAGGAGAUGGUGCCGAGGAUGAGGCGAACUUCAUGGCUGGUGUUGGUGUUGUCAGUGCUCAUUCUUUUGGUGAUAUGGAGAUUUCGCUCCUCGUUAAAAGAAUCUAA